AUGGAGGCCCCGGACCAUUCAUAUGAUGAGGGAAUUGAUUUCCACAAUCAGCUAAGAUGUAGAAGUACAGAAUGCUUAGGUGUAGAGGAGAGCACGCCAUGCUGUGGACAUUCAGGACGCUCGGAACAUUCGGGACAUUCAUCCAAGGACAGCAACUCAAAGGAUGGUGGUAUUGUUUCCUUCAAUGGCGCCAGCCUAGACGUCGAGAAAGGUCCUCCAAUUGUGGAGCAUGUGGUCAUCAGUGUCCAAGGCAUGACAUGUUCAGGGUGUGAGAGGCAGUUGGAACGCUCUCUGCAGGGCACUCCUGAAGUUCUGGGCAAUAUCAAGAUCAGCCUGGUCCUAUCCCGCGCCGAAUUUGACCUCGAUGUCGGCAGGCUCAGCAUCGGAGAACUGCUAUCUCGGCUACACAAGCAGACAUCCUACAAGUACCACCAAAUUUUCGAACAAGCCGACGGUCAGGUCCUUGAUGUCGUGCCGCCACGGGACGAGGACUACAGUAUCUCGCAGAAACCGUUUCCAAAUGGAGUAACCGACAUUUCAGCAACGCCGGAGGGGUACCUUCGAAUCUCAUUCGACGCUCACAUUGUCGGCGCCAGGACCCUGGCGGAACAGAGCUUCGGACAUGAACUGGCCCUCGCUCCACCGAACCAAGACCCGUCGAUCGUAGCAGGCAAGAAGCAAGUGAAAAAAGAAGGAUUACUCUUCUGCGGUGCAGCUAUGUUAACCAUUCCGGUUCUGAUAAUGGCGUGGGCUCCGCUUCCAGAGGACAAGAGUCAGUCGCUGGCAUAUAAUUGCACGUCAUUUGCACUGGCGACAAUCAUCCAGUGCGGGGUCGCAUGGGAGUUCUAUCCGAAAGCAUUCCGAGAUCUCUUCUAUUCACGAAUUGUUGAGCUAGCACUGUUGAUCGCGCUGAGCACUUCUGCCGCAUAUAUCUAUUCAGUAGUCGCCUUCGCCCAUUACUUGAGCGGACACCCGCUGAAGACAGGAGAGUUCUUUGAGACCAGCACGCUACUGAUCACCUUGAUAAUGCUUGGACGCUUCAUCAGCGAGUAUUCCCGGCAGAGAGCGACGGAAUCGGUCUCAAUUCGCUCACUGCAGGAGUCAUCCGCUCUCCUCAUUUCCGAAGAGGAUCCUCGCCAUACGCAAUCCAUCGAUUCCCGACUGCUGCAAUACGGCGAUCUUUUUCGAGUGCCACCUGACUCCCGAAUCACCACCGAUGGCAUUGUGACUUUCGGUGGCUCUGAAGUGGACGAGAGUAUGGUGACCGGCGAAUCGAGAUUAGUUGCCAAAGGUGUGGGAAGCCGGGUGAUUGCAGGGAGCAUCAACCGCAGCGGGGCGCUGGAUGUUAAGUUGACCAAACUUCCGAGCGAAAACACCAUCCACGAGAUUGCCACGCUAGUCGAUCGAGGCGAGCUCGAGAAACCUCGCACCCAGGAGAUUGCCGAUGCGAUAGCUGGCUGGUUCGUCCCGCUGGUUGUUGUGAUCACGCUCGUCGUUUUCUUGGUUCAAUUCCUUGUCAGGGUCUACGUUGAGAAGGUGUCUCGUGGAGAGGCUGCAGCGAAUGCCCUGACGUUUGCCAUCGCUACACUGGUCGUCAGCUGCCCCUGCGCCAUCGGGUUAGCGGUGCCCAUGGUCGUCGUGAUUACUCGUGGAGUGGCGGCGAAGAUGGGAGUGGUGUUCAAAGAUCCACUCGCCAUCGAAAAUGCAAGGAACAUGAAACACAUCGUAUUUGACAAGACCGGAACUUUGACGGAAGAAAACAUGAGCGUCGUUGCGGAGCACUUGUUGAAUGCAAAGACGAAAGAGGCGGAAAAGGACGGUCCCACAUGCCCUGACGCCUGUUGCGAACCGGCGACUAACGAAUCGAAACCCGAGUCAAAAGAUGAGCUCGCCGCCGCAGCACCGAAAUCCCUCCUCCUUGGACUCAUCGAAGGCUCGAAACAUCCCGUCUCGCAAGCCGUCGCCACACAUCUCCGCUCUCACGGUGUGUUACCCGCCCAUAUCCACAACAUCGUCUCUGUCCCCGGCAAAGGCAUCGAAGGCGAAUACCAAGGCAAGCCUGUCCUCGCUGGCAAUCCUGCAUGGUUCAGCGCCGAUAAACACCCCGACGUUCUCACGAUCCACCAGCAGCGUCUUUCUGUUCUCUGCUUCUCCAUCAACGGCACCAUCGCCGCCGUAUACGGCCUCGAGAACCCUCUCCGUCGCGAAGCCCCCGAGGUGAUCCGCGCGUUUCAGAAACGCGGCGUCACCGUGCAUAUCGUCAGCGGCGACAACAGUGCAACGGUGCUGGACGUUGCGGGUCGGCUCGGCAUCCUGUCGCAGUAUGUGAAGGCGCAAGCAUCCCCGGCCGCGAAGCAAGAGUACCUCCGCGAUCUCCUGUCGUCAGGAGCGCAGGCCAAGCGGCGCCGGAACGGCACCUCGAAAGGCGGCCCGAUCGUCGUAUUCUGCGGGGACGGGACGAACGACGCGCCCGCGCUGCGGCUAGCAAGCAUUGCCUCUACUACUCCCCGUACCCUCUCCGCCUCCACCUCCCUGAAUUCCGAAGUCGCCAGCGCCGCCGCCGACGUCGUCCUCGUGCAUCCGGAUCUGCGCGGGCUGCUGAUCCUGCAGGACGUGAGCGCGUCGGCGUGGUGGCGCAUCGUGCUGAACUUCGUGUGGGCAGGGCUGUACAACGUGGUGGCGCUGCUGGGGGCGGCGGGGGCGUUCGAGAAGGUGCGGGGCGGGAAGGGGUGGAGGAUCCCACCGGCGUUUGCGGCGGUGGGGGAGCUGGUGAGCGUGUUGCCGGUGGUGGCGGUGGCAGUGACGUUGAGGUGGAGAUGGAGGAGGGGGAGGUGGGGGCAGUGA